AGUAAUGUAAGCGUGUUUUAAAAAAUCAUUGUUAUUUUACCGAGUUUAUUCCGGUUAUUCAACCGGAAAGCCCUCAGAAAAUGUUAAAAACAGUGAAAAUUAUGUUCCGGAUACGUGCAAACUACAGUACAGCCUCGCGUGCUCGGGAAGCACUGAAGACUGGCCAAAGAAGUUCAAAUCCCCGUAUCACAUGUCGUAGGACGCAGUUCAACCUGUUCGAGGAAGAUAUCAAACCGAAUGCCAAUGAGAAGUUCGGUUCGGUGCCACUCGCUUCCGGUGGAUGGUACCAUCAGAAAUCGACAGGCGAUUUUUUCAUUCUGCAUCCGGUCAAACAACCAUUCGAAGCUCAUUCGCUCAGCGACGCAACAUUUCAACAGUUGGGAAUAAGGGAGGAGCUUGUUGAAAAUCUGAAGAUCCGACAAGCCUUAUAUCCGACCACUUAUCAAGCUGAAGCAAUACCGGCCGUUCUGACGGGAGGCCACAUGGUUCUGGCUGCGGAAACCGGCUGCGGCAAAACGUACACAUAUUUGCUGCCGAUCAUUGAGCAGAUACUUCGGAAAAAAUUGAAUCGAACCGAGCGGGAGUUCAACACUCCUUUAGUUUUAAUUUUGACACCGGGAAGGGAAUUGGCCCAACAGAUUGGUCGCGUUGUCGAAAGUCUUACCGAAGGUUUAGAUAUUCGAUCCCGAGUAGUACUUGGCGGUAGAACGAAGCAGCACAUGAUGAAUCCAGAUUUUGAAGACAUAGACAUACUGGUUUCCAGCUUUGGCGCAAUGAGUAAGCUUGUAUCAUCGGGAAUCUACCGGAUGAACGAAGUUCGGUGGGUUGUACUUGAUGAAGCGGAUACCCUUCUAGAUGACAGUUUCAACUCGAAGCUACUUCACUUGUUAAAACGGUUUCCGUUCCAUAAAAACCAUCUACAGAACAUAGGAGAAAACAUCAUCGGCACCCAGCUGAUUUUGGCUGCUGCAACGAUGCCAUCGAACAUAAACGAACAACUCGGUCAAAUAGUGGCACUUGAAACCAUGGAAGAGGUGGUUAGUCCCAACCUGCACAAAUUGCUAUCCCACGUGUCGCAAAGAUUCAUGAGAGUUCGCAAAAGCGAUAGGGCACAGAUCUUGCUCGACAUUGUUCAAAAAGAAGUACGUCGCCAACGACCACUGAUCAUCUUCAGCAAUAAAACUCCGACAAGCGAUUUUGUGUCGAUCCAUCUCAAUGAAGCUGCUGUCCCAUGCGUUAACCUUAACGGGGACAUGCUGCUCAAGUUACGACUGGGAAAAUUUGAAAAAUUCCAGCAGGGUGAAGUGAACGUCCUUUCAACAACGGAUGUAGCUAGCCGAGGCUUGGACACGACCCGGGCAGCACAUGUGAUCAAUUUCGAUUUCCCGCUGUAUGCUGCCGAUUACAUUCACCGCAUUGGGCGAAUUGGCCGAGUGGGAAGCCGUGGUGAUUGUUUAGUGACGAAUUUCGUUUCAAGCCGGGCCGAGAUCGGAGCCGUGCAGCGGGUGGAACAUUCAGCCCGAACUAGUGCUCCUCUUGCCGGGGUGGAUGCCAAUGUGAAGGGAAUCAUCCGUAGGAAUAUCGCGAGGAGUAUACAGCAACCAACGAGUUAGUAAAGCGUUUUUCAUUCUGAGUAUAAA